UUAGGAUCGACUAGUGGGGUCUGGGGAGCAUUUCGAAAUGCCUCAAGAGCAAGAGACAAAGGUUUACGUACCGUAGAUAGAUAAGGAAAAACCUGAAAAUUCACAAUAUUUCUUCUGUUCUUCCUACUGCACAACCUCAAAGACAUAGACCUCAAUUGCCCACAAAAAUGGCGAAAUUGAGGACAGCAAUGGAUGCAGCUUUUUGGGACAUGGAUAUUUCUAGUACCCAAAACCUAGAUGGGUGUGCCAAAGCCAUUCCGGGUGACCCAUUACCUCUUGACUCUUGUAUAACUGGGAAAGUACUUCGUGUUCAACAACUUUCUCUUCUUGGCAAUGGCUUCCCUCUCGGAAUCAUCCCUUCUCUUACUCCAUCCCUUUCUAAAAAAGACGUUGGUUCUUUUACUCUUCAAUCCCUCCUUCUUCGCCCUUCAUUUGGUGAUUGGUGGCUUGGGUUAGCUGGGCAAAUCCGUCCAAAGAAGUUGAUAUCUAACUUAAAAGAGGACGUUUACAAACUGAUCAAUGGUGAUGAAUUUGAACGUCCAUCCUUCAAGGAUGUAGCAGAUCAUGUCAUGGACAAGUCACUCUAUGCCCUAGCUUUGUGUACCCAGAUCCCUAUCUCAUCUUCGACUUCCUUAUUGUUGAGCUCAGAAGUCCAUGGUGAGAGGAAAGGACGGCGCAAUAAAGUCCUACUAUUCCACAAGCUUCCUUUACAUGACAUUAUAUUAAAUGCAGCAUGGCCUGAAUUAUUUAUCGAUCGUAAAGGAAGAUACUGGAACGUUCCCGAGUCAAUUUCUCUGGAUUGUUCAUCUCUCAUAUCGGAAUCAGGAUUGCGAUAUCGUUUCGGGGUGCACAAAAAUAGUGGGCAACCUCAAGCUGUUGUUAAUUCAAUAGAUAAUGAUGCACCGGCUGCUUUGCUUCCUGGGUUAUGCGCUAAAGCUGCUUUUUCAUAUGAGAAGAAAAAGGAUUUAUGGAGGCAAAAGGAGACAAAAGAGGAUCUAUACAUAAAAACUGAAAAGGGGACGUUUUGGAGGCCUGCAUAUGAUGAGCGCCUGAAAGAACCUCAUGCAUGUAUAUCUGCCAUUAUAGGUGGCACCUUUGGCGCUUGGCUCCAUGGUGAAGAUAAGAAAUUAAAGCUUACAUCAGAAGGAGAUAGUAGUAAAGUUUCUUCAAGUUCUAGGAAGAGGAAUCCUGUCUUUGCUGAUUUAUUUGGUUCAGUGUGCUAUACAUUCCAGCACGGGAAAUUCAGAAAGAAAUAUGGAGAUCUAACUAGGGUUGAUGCUCGUUUGGAUAUCAAUUCAGCUUUUGCUUUUGCUAAAAAUAUCACUAGUAUGUUCCAGCAUACACCGGCUCCCCAUGAUAACUCAGCAUCUCUCCCCAGACUUGGCCUGGUUUUCCAGCAGCAGGUUGCUGGUCCAAUUGUAUUCCGCAUUGAUACAAAGUGCGUAGUAGAUUCACCGUGGAAAAAGGGGUUGCAAAUCGAAGAUUUUAUGUACACCUUGAGUUAUUCAUUGCGGCUAUUGCGUUCAGGUAAGGUUGUGGCAUGGUACUCGCCAAAAAGGAAAGAAGGAAUGAUCGAGUUGAGAGUUUACGAAUUUUGAUUUAUUCGAGCUUGAAGGAAUUUUCCGAAAGAACAUAAAAUUCGUAGUUCUGUCAAAAAAAACCAUUUUUGGUGUUUGUUUAGUUAUGUGAAGCAGGGCAAUCAGUAUUUUGUGUCAUUAGCUUAUGGCAUCAAUGCUUGAGUAUUGUUGUUUUGAUAUUACUUUGGUUAACUUAUUGCCCUUCUUUUUGAAUGUAUUCUAUUCUUUGCUUCACAUUAUAUAGACUUAUUAGUUCAUUAAUAUAUCUCAUGCUAGUAAUAGGCCUUCAAUGA